GUGGGGUACCUUAAGUCGGCCACAAUGGAAUAUGUGACCUCUGAGACAUCAGGGGUUGAAUCCUUAUUCUUGUCGAGGUUUUUCACGGAAACGAUCUCUCUCUACAUAGAUACAGACAUUUAAAUUUGUGGUACGGCCAUUUGAAUUCAUUUUAAAGGUAUGGGGAUCUUAAAUUUUGUUCUGUCGACUACUGUUUUCUUGUUAGCAUGUUCAGCUCAGAAAACCAUUCUAGAUGAUCGACAUGCUCUUAAUGCUUUCAAAGCUCACAUCACCAGUUCUGAUCCUAGUAACAUACUGUCUCUGCUCUGGUCUGAAAAAAUCACGACAUGCAAAUGGGAAGGUGUUUCUUGCAGUGUUCGUCGCGAAAGAGUUACGGCCCUCAACCUUUCAAACAUGAACCUCACAGCCACCAUUUCUCCGCAUUUAGGCAACCUCUCUUUUCUCUCUUCUCUUGUCCUCAAGUUCAACAAUUUUCAUGGCUUUCUCCCAGUGGAACUGGCAAAUCUGCGACGUUUACGACGGUUGCAUCUGCAAUAUAACAACUUAUCCGGAGAAGUGCCAAUUUGGCUUGGAAAUUUUCAGCAUCUUGAAGAAAUAGUGCUGUCUAACAAUAGUUUUACUGGCUUCAUACCAUCUUCUGUGUUUAAUAGCUCCUCACUCACAGUGCUUAGCCUCGUGGCCAAUGAUUUCUCUGGCACUCUACCUGAGAAAAUAUGUGAUAAUCUUCCAAAUUUGGAAAUGUUGUCAGUUGCUAUAAAUAGGCUUCAUGGACCAAUUCCAGCAAAUUUAUUCAAGUGCAUGAAGCUGCAGACACUGUCACUGUCAUAUAAUCAAUUUAGUGGAAGCAUUCCGUGGCAAAUUGGAAAUCUGACAGAUCUCAGGGAAUUAUACCUUGGUUUCAACAGCUUUAGAGGAGCAAUGAUUCCACGGGAGUUUGGGAAUCUUGUGCAUUUAGAGAUACUGGACAUCCCUAGUGCCUCUUUAACAGGAACAAUUCCAUCAUCUAUUUUCAAUAUGUCUUCCUUGAGAAAUCUUGAUUUGGAAAAUAAUAGCCUUUCUGGAGGCCUCCCUCAGGACAUUUCUUACAAUCUCCCUGCUCUUCGAAAUCUCUCCUUUGCCAAAAAUCAUUUAACAGGAAAGAUUCCAUUUAGCUUGUGGGAAUGCCAGGGAAUUCAAAGUAUUCUGUUGAACAACAAUGAGUUCACUGGAAACAUAGCAGAGAAUAUUGGGAAUCUUACUUCACUGCAUUACUUGCACCUGAAAUUCAACAAGUUGACAGGGACUUUGCCAAGUGAGAUGGGCAACCUUAAACCAGAGUUUCUUUUCAUUGGAAUCAACAACUUCACUGGCCCUGUUCCAUAUGGUAUCUUUAAUAUCUCAACUUUGAGAUACCUAGACAUGCAGUUCAACAAUUUCUCAGGUCAUCUUCCAUCAGACAUUAGGCUGCCAAAUCUUGAAGGGCUGUCCUUAAACAGCAACAAGUUUGAUGGAUGGAUCCCAAGCUCUAUUACCAAUGCUUCCAAGAUCUUUCUAAUACAGUUAUACGACAACUAUUUUGAUGGUCCUGUACCUAGUACUCUUGGUAACUUGAAAUUCCUGAAGAAUUUGCAUCUUUCAGGCAAUGGAUUAACCAAGGAGUCUGGAACUUCGCAAUUGAGUUUUUUCAACUCCUUGACGAACUGCAAACUUCUAGAAACACUCACGAUAUCACAUAAUUAUUUUAAUGGUUUCAUUCCAAAUUCAGUGGGGAAUUUAUCUACUUUUUUAUAUUACUUUGAGGCUUAUGAAAGCAACAUUAAGGGAAGCAUUCCAGUUGAAAUCGGAAACUUGAGUGGCUUGCAAGUGUUAGAAUUGUAUGGAAAUGAGCUGACAGGAACUAUUCCAACAACAAUUGGAGAAUUGACAGAGUUAGGGCGCUUGAGGCUUUCGGGAAAUAGAUUACACGGAUCAAUCCCAAGUGAUCUUUGUAAUUGGAAAAGUAUUGCAGAGCUUGAUUUAAGUCGGAAUAGGCUAAGUGGCUCUAUACCAACAUGUAUGGGAGAACUGAUAACUCUGGAAAAGCUCAAUUUACACACUAACGAAUUAAAUCAUACAAUUCCAUCAAAUUUUUGGAGCCUUUCGAAGCUUGUACAUUUGAACUUGUCAUCAAAUCUGCUGACUGGAAAUAUUAAGCCAGAUAUUGGAAGUUUGAAAAUCGCAACGCAGAUAGACUUAUCAAGGAAUCAGUUAUCUGGUGUUAUUCCAGCCACUGUCGGAAAAGCUCAAGAGCUAAAUUUUCUGUCCUUGGCACAUAACAAACUGCAGGGUUCAAUUCCAGAUUCAUUCAGUUAUCUAAAAGGCCUGGAACUCUUGGAUCUUUCAGAUAACAAUUUAUCUGGAGAGAUACCACAUUCCUUGACAACAAUCAGAUAUCUUAAAUAUCUGAAUCUAUCAUUCAAUAUGCUGCAAGGAGAAAUUCCUACUGCUGGAUCUUUUGCAAACUUUUCAGCCGAAUCCUUUUCUCAUAAUAAUGGCCUUUGUGGUACUCUUUGGCUCAAUGUCACACACUGCAAGCCCCAGAGCAUAAAAAAGUCAAGGUCAGAUCUGGUGCAUUUGCUAAAAUAUAUAUUACCACCUUUGUUAUCUAUAGUAUUUAUUGGUUUUGUGGUGUAUAUAUGGGUGAGCCAUUACAAGAAAAAUCCCAAUUUACCAAUUGAGAAUGAGUUGUCGCAUGUUUCUUGGAGGAGGUUUUCACAUUAUGAACUUAGAAGAGCAACAGAAUCAUUUAGUGAAAGCAACUUACUUGGGACAGGAGGCUUUGCAUCUGUCUAUAAAGGGACACUUUCUGAUGGGACAACUUGUGCUGUAAAAGUUUUUAAUAUUCAGUCUGAAGAAGCAGUGAAGAGUUUUGACUGUGAAAGUGAGGUAUUGGUUAAAAUUCGACACAGGAAUCUGUUAAGGAUCAUUAGCAGUUGCAGCAACUUGGAUUUUAGAGCCUUGGUCUUAGAGUACAUGCCUAAUGGAAGCCUUGACAAAUGGUUGCAUUUGCCUGAUUUUUGUUUGGAUAUUUUGCAAAGGUUAAACAUAAUGAUAGAUGUUGCAAAUGCCAUUGAAUAUCUACAUUCCGGACAGACCACAUCAAUUAUUCAUUGUGACUUGAAACCUAGUAACAUCUUGCUUGAUGAAGACAUGAUCGCACAUGUUUCUGACUUUGGCAUUGCUAAGCUGCUGGGUGAAGAAGAGUUUAGAGCACAAACUCAAACCUUGGGAACAAUCGGUUAUAUGGCACCAGAAUAUGGAAGUGAGGGAAUAAUAUCUUCAAAAGGGGAUGUCUACAGUUUUGGCAUUAUCUUGAUGGAAGCAUUCACAAGAAAGAAGCCAACAGAUGAGAUAUUCUCGGGGACAAUGAAUCUAAGAAGUUGGAUAUCUGAAACUUUACAUGGUUCUUUCCUCCAGGUUGUGGACAGCAAGUUACUGGAAAGAGUUGAUAUACAUACAUAUGCAGAUGAGCAAUGUGUGACAUCGAUAUUGGAUCUAGCCUUGGAAUGUUCAACUGAUUCAGCUACCGAGAGGAUUACUAUGAAAGAAGCCCUGCGUCGACUUGAGAAAAUAAGAGUGGUGUUCCAGAUGAGCACUAAAGCUGAAGUCAAAGCUAAAGAUGAAGUUGGCCAAUGACUGGUCCUUAAAUCAGGCCUUCUGUUCCUCCUAAUUUAUCUCCAUAACAGUUUGGUGUCACACCAGAUUUAAUAGUAUACUAAAUCAUUCAACAUUUUGUUUAGAAAUUUAUAUACUACAGCAACUCUUGGGUCAUCUUUUACUCUAUUUAUCUUAUAUUUUUAUUGAAAACAAAUUCUCUUACAUUAUUACAAACU